AUGAAAGUUACGCCAAUUGAAGCGACACAAAAACCAGCUCCAACAAUAUCGGCUCCAACAAUUUCAAAUUCAAAAACAGAUCAAAACAAAAUUGAAAAUGAAAAAACCGGAGGUGUUCGUUAUAUGAUUUUGAUUGUUUCAAUGAUUUGUCUCUCAUCAUUGAUGUCAAAUGUUGUCUGUUUCAAUUUCACAAUUAUGUGUAUGCCUGGAAUUGGAGAAUCAGAAGAUCUUGUUGCUUUUAAUAAAACACAAUACGAUGGAUAUACGCGAACUGAGAAAACAUGGCUAUUAAGUAUUGUGGCGGUUGGUGCAAUGAUUGGUGUAUUUCCAGUAACCUAUGGAAUAUCAGUUUAUGGCGGGAAGAAAAUAUUCACAAGUGCUGGAAUUCUCACAACAAUUGCUACAUUAUUAAUCCCUAUUUUUGGGCCGCUAGAUUUCAAUGUAUUUCUAGCAUUGAGAUUCCUCCAGGUUUGUGUUUUUUGCUCAUUUAAAAUGUCACCUUAUCUUCGGCAAAACUGAAAACUUUGCUUUCAGGGUGUUGCAUUUGCUUCAGUUUUCCCAACAGUUGGAAGUAUCACAUCCUCGUGGGCUUCUUUGACCCAACAAGGUCUUUUCAUAGCAGCUCUCACUACAUUUGGCCAACUUUCUUCAAUUUUUUCAAUGCCAGUCGCAGGCGAACUUUGUGUUUCUCCAUUUGGUUGGAAAUCUGUAUUCUAUCUUCAUGCAUUUAUAUCAGUUAUAGCUUUCACUAUCUGGUUUUUUAUCUUUACCGAUUCACCAUCAGAUAACAAAUAUGUUCUGACAGCUGAAUUAAAUGAAAUUCAACGUGAUAAAUCGAGUGAGGCAAAUGCAGCAGCACACGAAAGAGCAGCGAUUCCAUAUUUGGAAAUUCUAACAACUCCAUCAAUUUGGGCUGUUUGGGUUGGAGCAUUAGGAGAUUUGAUAGCUGUUCAACUUAUUCAUAUUUAUUCGCCAGUUUAUCUUCACGAUAUUGGAGGAUAUUCAAUGAAAAAGACUGGUUUAGCCGCAGCUGUUCCUGUAUUAUUCCAAUUUUUCGUCAAAUUAUCAGCAGGACAUUCAAGUGAUAGAUUACACGGUGUAUCAGAAACUGUAAAACUCCGGAUUUUCAAUACAAUUGCUCUUGGUGCAAGUGCCGCUUUCUUGAUUGCUCUUGGUUUUGUUGACCGAGGACAUGGAUUAUUAGGAUUAACACUUAUGACAUUAGCAACAGCAAUGUUUGGAUUCAAUGGUGGCGGUUUCAGUAAAGUGAGUGAGGAAUUCUGAUAAAUUUUCUGAAAUUUUUCUUUUACAGUGCGCGGCUCUAGUUUCUCGUCAAUACAGUCACUUCGUAAUGGCCAAUAUUCAAUUUUUAUUGUGUUUUUCGAUGUUGUUAUGCCCUAUUUUGGUAAGUUUUCAAACUAUAGUAGAUCACAAAACAAAAGUUCUUCUUUAGGUCUCAUUUCUUUUAAAAGACGGAACAAUUGAGGAAUGGCGAAUGGUUUUCUUUGUUCAUGCUGGAAUUCUAAUAGUUUGUAAUGCAUUUUUCUGUUGGUUUGCAACUGCAAAACCAGCACCGUGGACAGAUCGAUCAAUUAGUGCAUCUUCUUCCAAAAAUACACCAUUGUAUACAUACCGUGUUUAA